GUGUAUUUAGUAUUGUGGAGGUGCAGGGUGCAAUUAGAAGAUGCUGGUGGACUUAAGAGUGGAAGGCCAUUUGAAAUUUUGAUUUGGGUUUUUUUUGGGGGGAUAGAAAUGUCGAAGUGGCUGGGGAGGAUUGCUGGGAUGUUCAGGAGUGGGAGUAUGGUCGGAAAGGACAAAGCCGGCAACCGUUACUUCACCAGAAACGAUGAACUUGAUGGCAUCUUAAAAGAGAAAAGAUGGGUGGUAUUCAAGGGGGAGGAGGACCCAACCUCUGUUCCAGUUGAAUGGAUAUGUUGGCUCAAUGGGCAGCGUAAAAAGGCUCCGACGGCAGAGGAAAUGAUAGAAUUGGAAGCAAAGCGUGAACGUGUCCGGCAAAAUGUUGCUCUUCUGAAGAAAGAAGAAGAGGAAAGAAAAGCAAGAGAAGGCACCACACGCAAAGUCGUGAACUCCGGUAAAGGAGGUCCAGACUUGAAAAGUUUCAUUCGCCAAUUUCCUGGAUCCUCAGAAGGUGACAAACACAAGGAAGAAACCAAUGAGAUGGAUGGAGUGAGGACCUCCAAAGAGAAAGAGGCAGAACAACAUUUUACAGAGCCAACAGGAUCUGGUCAAACAUUCAAGCCUGGGACAUGGCAGCCACCAACAUGAAGUCAAAUUGUUAAUGCGCACACAUAUUAAAGGGUGAUUUUAUUUCUUAACCCUCCUGUCCGAGCAUAUAGCACUGAAAUUUUUUUCUGCCAAAGCAGACAACAGAGGGCGAGUUGUUAAUGACACUUGCAACAGAGUUGUGGCGCACUAUAAUACCUUCAUUUUGUUUCUGUUUCACUACCAAGCCAAGCAAAAUACAUGCCUGACGGCACCAUGUAUUGAUCGAGUUUUUUUUGUAGUAGUAGUUAUAUUACACCAUUA